AUGACUUCAGGCGUGAUUCGGACUGUCGCAAGUCCCUCAAGCGAGAUUAGAUGCGACGGAGUGGCGACUUUGCUGGUUGAGCAUCGGCCGAGACUUCAGUCAGCCUGUGUCUUCAUCCAGCUGCAGGAGAGCGUGAAGGAAUCGGUGAAGUUGAGUGUGAAACCCACGGAAAUCAUCCUGAAACUCCCGGAGAAGACUCUUCGCAUUGUCCUGGACAAUUUCACUCUCAACACUCACUCGCUGACUUCAAUGAUCGCCGCGGGGAAACACAUCAGCUUCCGGAUAAACACAAAUAGCGAACAGUUCAGGGAAGAGAUCAUUUCUGUGAAUCCCUCAGGUGGCACACAACUCACAAUUCCCGUGCACUUGAAGUCCGGCAGAUCUUACGGGCUGCUCUGUUCCAACUGCAAAGCCUUCCUGGUGGCGCGCGGAAGUAUUUAUCUGCGACGUGUGCUGGAGUUACCCUCGGAGAGUGCAGAUUCCAGCGAUUGGUUCUGCCACAAGCCGUCAUCAUCGGGGAAUUGUGACAUUUUGACACCGAAACUCGAUGAAAUCUUCUACGGAAACUUCUUCUUCACCAUCAACAGAGGUUCAGUGGCGAAUGUGCGGGAGAGAAAUGGCCUUGUGUACUGUCAGCGGUGUCUUCAGCUGCUGGGCAGAUUGCUGGAUGAGAGCAGAGUGAGAGUGUGGAAUGAAUGUGUGCUCUUCACCACUGAGCGUCACGAGGAGAUGAACUUAAUGCCAAAUAUCAGCCAAAUGACCAAUUUUCGCACAAUCAUACGCAAAAUCUUGCUGGACUUCACGAUGGCGGGACAAUGUGGACUCGCGCACUUCCAGAAGAUCGCAUUCAACUGUCAUCUGCCCGAAGGAAGUGUCUGCUAUUUGCUGCUGCAGAUUGUGGACAAGAAGCUGGAUGUUUAUCGCUCGCAGAGCAGUCCGGGAAGUGAUUGUCUGCAGCUCGGCCGCGGCACGGCGAUGAAAGUGAUGUACCAGAGUGGCGAGGAGGCGCAAGUGCCGCAGAUUGGUCAAUGGCUGGGCGAUGCCAAUGUCACGCAGACGGAAAUCUCGUGCAAGAUGCUCCAGAGUGCACUCAACAGCCUCGCAGAGAACGCCCAAAUACUCCCUCAAGUGUACAGGAGCAGCUGUGGCUUCCAGGUCAGCUACUUAUUUUGUGAUUAAGUUUGAGUUAUAGCUAGGAAAAUACAAUGCAUAUAUUUUUCG